AAGGGACAAAAGCAAGAGUGGGUUUUUCAGACACAUUACAAGACAUCCAUACUAACUCGGCACAGGCCUGGGGAUACAAAAGGCCUCAGAAACACUACUGGGACCUACGGCACUGCAGGGUACCAGCAGUGAUGCUGGCACUGCUGCAGCUUCAAGAGUUUUGGGAUCCUGCUGAGCGUCAAACACCAGCACCAUCCUCCCAUCUGCCCCAGGAAGACCCAACAGGCAGCCCCAGCCCCAAUUGCCAAUGCCAGGAUGCAAAUCCCACUGCCAAACCUCACAGCACCUGCACAGAGCACCCAGGUGACAGACAAGAGCCUAUACAUACAACCAGGGCAUUGUUUUGCUCUAAGAACUAGGAUUUUCCCCUCAAAUGCUUUAAGGGAGAAGCUGGAGGACACCACUGGCCUCUGCCACAGUGAAGUCGCAUAGGCGAACCAGAGUGUUUUGAAAGCAAUUAAAUAACUCCACCCAUUUGACAAAGUUGGGGUUUGUUUUAGCAAAGCCCUAGAGAGCAUCUGGGAAAGCAAACUUCCAGCAGCAGGUGAAGCCAAGGACUAGCAGGGACACCAAGCCUGGGGCUGCCCGGCGCCCAUGGUCAGCAAUCAGUGUGGGUGGGAAUAUUGGUUAUUUGCACAAACAGUCUGUAUCCAUGGCUACUGCUAUGGAAAUGUGUCCUUCUGCAUAACAGAAGGGUUUGGCUGCACCUCCCUGCUCUCAGCAGAAGAUGAAGAUUAGGUCUGAGGGAUGGGAGGGACCGUGAACAGGCUGGAGACAUGGGUGCACUUCAAUGGGGUGAAUAAGACCCCACUAAUGUGCUGGAGGGGGGGCUCAGCACCCAAGCCCAAAGGCCAACUGGGAGCAGCACAGGGCAGCUUGGCUUUGGAGACCAAAAUGCUGACCGUGAAAAGCAGCUUCUCCAGCACAAGCCACCCUGUCUCACCUUUGCUGAAUCCCAACGUCACUGUGGGACACAGGGCUUUGCUUUCCUGCUCCCCUCAGCAUCCAUGUAGCUCCAACAUGGAAAGCAGGAGGGUUUGACUCUUCUCUGCCAGGAACCACACCAUGACCGGGAGCAUGGCAGAGCCUCCAUGCACGUCACACAGCCAGGAGCAUCGGGCCAGGUGGGAGGUGACAGCAUUCACACAGCAGCACUGCCGACAGCCCCUUCCUGCAGGGAAUUGGCUCAGACACUGGCUUGCCAGCUGCUGGCUCUGACAAGCUGAGGUUUGUUUUUACCAUAACGGAUGCUCCGCUUUAAAAAUUGGCCCCUGGACCCCAGGAAGCACAGGGAGGGCACCACCAACCCAGCAGUAGCUGCAAGCACCAUGCACUUCACUUUGGGUGGGGUGUUGCAAGGAAAGGCUUAAGCCAAGAGCAAUGUUUCUUCAUUUUCUUUCUAUAAUCUAAAAGUGUUUUAGUUGUUAAAUCAUCUUCCUGCUUUCAAAACAGCUUUAAACAUAAAGAGCUGGCAAGCUGCUUCCUAAAGAUGAGAUGUUAGCAAACAGCAGUGGAGCAGCCAAGAGCUGAAAAGAUGCAGAUGACAGGCCAGACCUGUUUCUCCUUUACAGAGCCAGAAUCCUUACACGCUCCCUGCCCAAACACAGGGCAGCACACGCCAAUAUGACCAUCCCCACAGCAGCCCUGCCACAACUUCCUUCUAACACCCAAAUGGGCUCCAGGAGGAGAGUUCAGGAGGCCACAGAGAUUAUCCGAGGGCUGGAGCACCCCCCAGGCAAGGACAGGCUGAGACAGUUGGGCUCAUUCAGCCUGGAGAAGAGAAGCCUCCAGGGAGACCUUAGAGCAGCUUCCAGUACUAAAGGGGCUUCAGGAAAGCUGGGGAGAGGCUCUUGACCAGGGAGGGCAGGGAUAGGACAAGGGAGAACUGUUUUCAGCUGAAAGAGGGGAGAUUGAGAUGAGAUCUUAUGAAGAAAUAUUCUCCUGUGAGGGUGGGGAGGCCCUGGCCCAGGUUGUCCAGAGCAGUAGUGGCUGCUCUAUCCCUGCAGGUGUUUGAGGCCAGGUUGGAUGGAGCUUUGAACCCCCUGAUCCAGUGGGAGGUGUUUGGAACUCGAUGGGCUUUGAGGUCCCUUCUAACCCAAACCAUUCUGUGAUUCUAUGACCUACCCUGGGAGCUCAUUAACAGCUUACUAAUUUGCUUGGUAGCACAGGGAAAAAACCUAAUGACAGCAGAACCCACAACCCACUGCCGCCUGUGACCUCUGUGCAAAGAGGCUGCGCUGGAGAUGAGAGCCAGGAGCACAAAGGGGUGCUUGGAGUGCUGGUAACACACGUGGGUGAUGCCAGGGCUGCCCGUGAGCACUGGUGCAAGCUGGUGGCUUCACGGGUGACCCGCUAGGAAGCAACACCCUAUUCCUGCUCCCUUAAGGCAGCCCCAGCCCUGCUGUGGGUCGGGAACAACACGAGGGACACGUGGCCAUGCACGAGCCCUGAAGGUCUACGUGUAUUAGGGCACCAAACAUAUCGCUCACGCGCCUCCCCUCCAGGCUCAGCACUGGGCUUUCAGCUUCCUUUUUGCACUAUGCCCUUGAAUUAUUCUACAUCUUGUUAAAAUUAUGGAGGUUCGGGCUCUGCACUGCAGCCGAGACCCGAUAUCACCUGGUAUCCUGACAGUUGUGCUCCUGAUUCAGAAAGUCUCCUAUUAAUCCCCUCCCUGCAUCCUGAGCCCCAGCGCGUUGGCACAGCAUCUGCGCUGGCCCGUAAAUAGCCCAGCUGCGGUCGUGCAGAAUGGCACGGCAACACAGCUACGUGCCGGCUACCUCGGCUGGAGCAACAGCCCAGCAGCUCCAUGCAGAGAAGGAGAGCAGACCUGGGAGGCUCACCUGUCUCAGCUUUCUGGUCUGAAAACAUUUAUCAGUGCUGAGUAAGACUAAAAGCUUGGGAAGGCAGCAAGCAGAGCCUCUGCCCCAGCCCGUGGCCAGCAGAUAACAGCCCAGAGGGCAGCCAGGAGAGCAGUUGGAGGGGAGAACGAACAUGCUUUGGUUUGGGGAGCAAAACUGCUGCUCUUCAGCCUUGGGAUGGGCAGCCCAGCUCAGCUCCCAACAGAGGGACAGGGAAAUGAGGGCGUUCUUUCCCUGCCUAGAGAUGGGGAACACUUAGAGCUCCCCGAGAGCUCUCCCCAAGCCAUGCCACCUCUCUCAGGGCACGGAGUCUGGCAAAGCAGAGCCAAGAAAGCUCUGCACCUGCAGGAAGAACUUGACUUGGUACAGCUGGACAUGCACUCAGAAGGAAGAGCUGGCUCCUUUCCCAGGGAGCAGUGCCAGUGAGGGCACGUAAGGGAAGCACCCAGGCUAUGUGGAAAAUAGGACACAGCCCCUCUGGCAGGGAUUCCCCUGGGUGGUCGCGUGUGGAAUGGGAAGGGAGAACAGGAUCAGGGGUACAAGGGGAAGAGGCAGGGAGGUCCAGACAUAUCCCGUCAGGAGCACGGAAGGGCCAAGUGGGGCAUAGGCAGUCAGAGCUGGAAGCUUGUGAAGAGGACGGCUCCCAGCAGCCUUGCAUGGGGUUUGGAAGCUGCCUAGCCUGGAGGGCUCAGCUGGGGAGAGGGAGCCCCCCAGGCAGCAUGUGGGAGCCCUGGCACACGAGUGUGGGGAGCAGGGCUUCGGGGUGAGCUGUCUUUGGCUGUGGCAGGCUGGGGACAUCAAGGAUACAGGGGUCUCCGGUAUUUCCUAUCGGGAAGGCUCUAGGGAGACCUUAGAGCAGCUUUCAGUACUGAAAGGGGCUCCAGGAAAGCUGUGGAGGGGCUCUUGAGCAGGAAGGGCAGAGACAGGAUGAGUGGAACAGUUUUCAGCAGAAAUAGGGGAGACUGAAAUGAGAUCUCAGAGAGAAAUGUUUUCCUGUGAGGGUGGGGAGGCCCUGGCCCAGGUUGCCCAGAGCAGUGGUGGCUGCCCCAUCCUUGGAGGUGUUCAAGGCCAGGUUGGAUGGGGCUUGUGGAGCAACCUGAUCCAGUGGGAGGUGUCCCUGCCCAUGGCAGGGGGUGGAACUAGACAGGCUUUGAGGUCCCUUCCAACUCAAAUAAUUCAGUGAUUCUAUGAUUUUCCCACAUUUUUGUUGCCCACUGGCAGGGCAAGGGCUGACAAGCAGCCAAGGUUGCUGAGGAAGGGAGCAUUUCGGAGACAUCACCACAGUCAUUGGCUGUGACAGGAGAAGACAGCGGCUGCGGGGUGAGAUGGCACGGCGGGCGCUGGCGCUGGCACUCUGCCUCUCCCUGGCUGCGACAGCAUCCGCCAACUGCGCAACCCAGUGCUCCCUCUGCACGGCCCAGACCCGCGACACCGAGAGCAGCAUCCAGCCCCUGAUGUGCCUGCAGGAAUGCCAGGGCUCCUCACCACCCGGCCCCGAGUGGGACACGUGCAGGAAGGCACUGGCACUCCUGGCCCCGCUGGUGGCUGUGGCCGAAGGGACAGACCCAUCCUCUCGGGAGGCAGAGGAGGACGAGGCAGAGCUGGAGCAGGAGCUGGGUCCCAACGAGCUGCCAGCACCGGCCAAGCGCUACGGGGGCUUCAUGAAGAAGAUGGCCAAGGGGAAGCUGCUUGCCCUGCUGCGCGAGAACGCCCACAGCAAGGGCAGCCUCAGCAAGAAGUUUGGGGGCUUCGGCCGCAAGCUGGGGGAGCGGGCAGCCCCCAAGGACUACCUGGGGCCGUGGCCAGUGGGUGAUGGGAGCGAGGAGCCCACAGGUGCUGGGGUCGAGGGGCAGGAGCUGGCGGAGCUGCACAAGCGUUACGGCGGCUUCAUGCGCCGGAUCCGACCCAAGCUCAAGUGGGACAAUCAGAAGCGCUAUGGGGGCUUCCUGCGGCGGCAGUUCAAGGUGAUCACGCGGUCGGACGAGGACCCCAGCGCCUACUCAGGGGAGGUCUCGGACCUAUAGAGCUGGGUGUGGGAUGGGCAGCGCCAUGGUGCCCAUGCUGCCAGCCCAGACUGCACCAUCGCCAUCAUCCCCAUCCCCUGGUGUGGCUGGCAUCAUCCCUGCCUCAUCCCUCCCAUGGACCACGGGUCCCUGCCCCCAGUCGUCCCCUCUGGUUCACCUGCCCAUCCCUUAGGGACCCCAUGCCCAGGGGACAAUGCCAUCCCUCCAGCUGUGGGUCCAACCUCUGGGCUCCCCCGGGCAAAGCAAGGAGGGGAACACACAUCCUCCACCCUCUCAUGGCUGAAGAAGGGCAGCAGGGUCUGGAAACCAUCACAGCUGAUGUAGGGGACAGUGGCCUGUAAGCACUGGCAAGGAUGAGCCAGUGCAGGAUAAGGCCCUCCAGGCUGGGAGAUGGCCUGAGCAGCCAGCAUGAACAUGGGAGAGGCAGCUGGGCAGGACAGGCUGAGCACAACUCCGACUCCCCUCCCCAAGCCACUCAUGUCCUACCCAUCCCAGCACCUGCCUGGUCUCCCCAGGUUUCCCCCAUGAAGAAGAAGCCCCAGAGGCAGGGUUGGACCCACACCGCCAUUCCCCUGCAGCCAAUAAAAGGCAGAUGCCAAAAAAGCUGAAGCCGUGCUGGGUGCUGAGCGUUGGCUUUGUCAGUGGUCCAGGGCUCCACAGGGCAGAUCAAGCCCUUGGCGUGCAGGAACCACACACCCCACGCCAGGGCCUGGAGGCCAAGGGUGCGGGCAGCACACAGUGGU